GGGCGGCGGCGGCGGGGCGGCAGCGGGACACGGCGAGGUUUCGCUAAAUGGUACGCAGUUUACAGACAGUUCUGUUGGAUCAGAGUUCACAGGGGUUUCUCAGACACCAUUUACCUUUGGCUUGGGCCAAAGGGCACCAUAUACAACUGGCGAGCAUUGUCUUCUUUGUAGAAGUGAACGAAAGGAUAGUUCGCUUUCAGAGAGCGGAAUAAAAAAUUCUAGCAAAACAGCACUUUCCACAUCUCCAAAAGCAAACAAUAUGCUGCAUCUUCCACUGUGGGUGUGUCCAGACUGUAGGCGAACAGUCGAAAAGGAGGAGAGGCAUGCUACAAUAGAGCAAUCUCUUGUGAGCCAAGAUUUCCUUUUGCACAUGCCUCUUGGAAACAGUGGAUCACAGCAGGAAUCUGUAGGAGGAGGAAGGAUAACUGUUGGUGCUCAGACAGUGCCUGCUGCUGAUCUUAACAAUUCCUCUCCUUCAGACAUAGCAUGCAACUGUGAGGCCUGUAAUGAGCGCAGAGAAAUUUCAGCAGAGACUGAACGUGAAUCUCAGCAGCUUCAAAAUUACUGGUCAGAAGUAAGAUACAUGGUUCGAUGUAUCUAUCGCCAAGCUGGGACCCCUUUGGCAGAUGACCAAGACCAAUCUUUGGUACCAGAUAAAGAAGGAAUGAAAGAGCUGGUGGACAGGCUUUGUGAAAGAGAUCCAUAUCAGCUUUACCAACGGUUGGAACAGCAAGCUAGAGAAUAUGUGCUUGAAAUGAAGGUCCGUCUGCUCAGACACUUGUCACUGGGAUCUAAAGUUGCAUCAACGUUAGCAAUACAAGGGCCACCACAGGCACAUCAGUUCAUCUCACUCCUACUUGAAGAAUACAGUGCUCUCUGUCAGGCAGCAUGCACAAUCAGCGCCUUCCUAGUUACUCUGGAAAAUGAACAUUUGAAGAAAUUUCAGGUGACAUGGGAAUUGCACAACAAGCAUCUGUUUGAAAAUCUGGUAUUUUCUGAGCCACUCCUGCAGAAUAGCUUGCCAACACUGGUGUCACAGCUAAGGCUUGGAACAACACACGAUUCCUGUAGUGAAGAUAUGUAUAGUACCUUGCUACAAAGGUAUCAUCAGCUGGAACAGGAAAUGGGGCAAGUUGCUGAAGCAUGGCUUGAAUGCCAGAAAAGAAUAGAUGAUUAUGUUGAUGAACAGAUGGCAAUGAAAACAAAACAACGCAUGCUAAAGGAAGACUGGGAAUUUUUUAAACAGAGGCGUUUUAUUGAAGAGCAGCUUAAUAACAAGAAAGCACUAGCUGGGGAGAACAACUUCACAGAUACAAUGAGGCACAUGCUGUCAUCACGUUUGAGCAUGCCUGACUGUCCCAACUGUAAUUAUAGAAGAAGAUGUACUUGUGAUGACUGCAGCCUUUCACACAUUUUGACGUGUGGCAUCAUGGAUUCUCCUAUAACGGAUGAUAUCCACAUUAACCAGUUACCACUGCAAAUUGAUUCAGCUCCGGAUUAUCUAUCUGAGAUCCGCCCACCUAGUAUGUCUUCAGCAAGUUCAGGAUCGGGUUCCAGCUCACCUAUAACAAUUCAGCAGCAUCCGAGGCUGAUCCUCGCAGACAAUGGUUCUGCACCAACUUUUGGUAGUGAUGAUGAAGAUGUUGCACCAUUAUCAGCAAAGUUUGCUGAUAUCUACCCACUGAAUAAUUACGAUGAUGCAGAAGUGGUAGCCAACAUGAAUGGAAUUCACAGUGAGCUAAAUGGCGGAGAUGAAAACAUGGCAUUGAAAGAUGAGUCUCCUCAGGUGAGCAGUACUAGCAGCAGCUCCUCAGAAGCAGAUGAUGAAGAAGCGGAUGGAGAAAGUAGUGGUGAGCCACCAGGGACUCAAAAGGAGGAAAUGUCUCUAGGAAAAAGGGCAUUAAGGAAAGAUGAAGCGAAAAUGGAUAGUCCACCACCUUCUUACCCUAGUCAACAGGCUGACCAAGGUCCAAAUGCUUGUGAAUGUCAUGUUUGCAAACAAGAAGCUUCAGGUCUAACAGCCUCUGCACUUGCAACUGGGCGCCUGCCUGCUGGCCAUCAGUUUAUGAAUCCUGAAAAGCCUGCACAUCCUGCACUUCAUCUUUAUCCUCAUAUCCAUGGACAUAUACCAUUGCAUACAAUUCCCCACCUUCCUCGUCCACUUAUCCAUCCCACCUUGUAUACAGCUUCCCCCUUUACACACAAUAAGGCAUUACCGCCAGCUCCAGUUCAGAAUCAUUCAAACAAGCAUCAAGUAUUCAAUGCAUCUCUCCAAGAUCAUAUUUAUCCAAGCUGUUUUGGGAGUACUCCAGAUUGGAAUAGCUCUAAAUUUAUAAGUCUCUGGGGAUCAGAGAUGAUGAAUGACAAGAACUGGAAUCCUGCUACGUUUUUGCCUGAUACAAUUCCUGGGAAUGAUAUACUAACGCCAGCACUCUCAGAAAUAAGACCCGAAGCACUUCCUACCACAUCUAGCAAUGAAGGAUCAGCUGUUACUGAUGGCAAAGAAAAGAAAAAUGCUGCAAAGAAGAAAUGUCUGUACAAUUUCCAGGAUGCCUUUAUGGAAGCUAACAAAGUUGUCAUGGCAACCUCUUCUGCUACUUCUUCUGUCUCCUGCACAGCUACUACAGUGCAGUCAAGCAGCAACCAAUUCAAAGUAUCAUCUAAGAGACCUUCAUCAAUAGGUGAAGUGUUCCACAAUAUUAAUAAAGAGGACCAUAGACAUUCUGCACCAGUUGCACCACGAAAUAGUCCUACCAGUUUAGCAUCGCUUCCUUCGCUGUCUCCUGCUGCACUGUCUCCAGCUUCUACACCCCAUCUUCCAAACCUUGCUGCUCCUUCUUUUCCCAAAACUGCUGCAACAGCCCCUGGGUUUGUGGAUCCCCAUUCAGGUCUUUGUCCUACUACAGUUGUACCUCCUACUUCCACCACAGACAGCUCUGUAAGUGCCCCACCAAGUGUCUGCAGUGAUCCUGAUUGUGAGGGCCAUCGCUGUGAGAACAGUAACACUUACGAUCAUCAGCAGUAUGAUGGAGAGGAGAGUCAAGAUGAAGACAGCUGUUCAGAGCACAGCUCAAGUACCUCAACAUCCACAAACCAGAAGGAAGGAAAAUACUGUGACUGUUGUUACUGUGAGUUCUUCGGCCAUGGCGGACCACCAGCUGCACCAACCAGUAGAAAUUAUGCUGAGAUGCGAGAAAAACUUCGUUUACGUCUGACCAAAAGGAAGGAGGAACAGCCCAAGAAACCGGAUCAGAUCUCUGAAAGGGAAAGUGUUGUUGACCAUCGAAAGGUGGAAGACUUGCUACAGUUCAUAAACAGCUCUGAAACCAAACCAGUUAGCAGUUCUCGGGCAGCCAAACGAGCAAGACAUAAGCAAAGAAAGCUUGAAGAAAAGGCUCGACUUGAAGCAGAAGCCAGGGAAAGGGAGCAUCACCAGUUGCUUGAAGAGCAGAGGCGGCGAGAGGAGGAAGAAGAAGAGAGGCUGAAACAAGAACUACAGCGGCUUCAAGAACUUCAGCAGUUGAGGGCUGUAAAGAAAAAGAAGAAAGAGCGAACAAAUAAGGACUGUCAAAAGGUGGACGUGCUUACUCAAAACUGUCAGGCAGCAAAGGAAUCUGUCCCAAAUGCACCUGAAGACAUUCAGAAUGGUACACUUGAGCAAUCAGAAAAGAUAGAAACCUCCUCUGGUUCACUGUCGAGACACGUGAAUCACACAGAACAGAGGCCGCUUUCAGAGGCAGGCUGUGAACCAUCCAAUGCUGUGAACACUAGAGACUCAAAACUGCUUUAUCAGAAAGAGGGGAGCGUAAAGCAGCAUGAGCCCCUCUCUUUUCUGCUUGAUAUUAUGCAUCAACAUAAAGAAGGAAACAACAAACAGAAACUAAAGCAAAUAAACAAACCGUGCUCUGAACAAGUGAAAAAGCCUGUUGAAUCCUCCAAAGCAGCUGAAAUUCAGACUAAAACCAGAAACCAAAUAGAAUCCAAAGCAAAAGCAGCAGAGCUCCCAGUGCUUGCAGAACCUAAAAAAGAAGAGAAGAAAUUAAACAACAACAACAAAAAACAGUUGAACCACAUAAAGGAAGAGAAAGCACCCAUCACAAGUGAAUCCCCUUCACCAAGUGAGCAGCAGCAGAAUAAUAAGCUAAUACUUGCAGAUUCUCCUCAACCGAAGGGCAAGAACAAGAAAAACAAGAAGAAAAAAGGGGACAAAGUCAACAAUUCCAUUGAUGAUGUUUUUCUACCCAAAGACAUUGAUUUAGACAGUGUGGAAAUGGAUGAAACAGAGCGAGAAGUGGAGUAUUUUAAAAGGUUCUGCUUGGAUUCUGCCAGACAGACAAGGCAGAGACUUUCCAUCAACUGGUCCAAUUUUAGCUUGAAAAAAACCACCUUUGCUGCACAUUGAAAUGACACAAUAUGGGGAGGGAAUCCUGCAGGAAUCAAUGAACGAGAACUCCACUUACCUGUCCUGCUGUGCUGAGAGCUUAUCUGGUCUUGAGCCAGUGCUGCCUUGCCUUGUCCCCAGUGCUGUGUGGAUCUGCACUGAACCCUUUGGCCUGAUAAUUCUUGCGGACUGAAAAAUUGCCACUUUCUACCUGAAUUUGUUAGCUUGUGUGCUUGUAGUCUGUGAGUGAGACUUACUUGAUUGUAGCUGUAUGCUGUUGGAGAUGAAACAAUAGCUCUUUUCCAUCUCCUUCUGAAUGCCUUGGCCUCAAAGACUUUAAAUUGCUUAGGCUUGGGUGGAGGCCAAAAUACUAGUUUGCAUCAUCUGCAGUGGCUCCUGUCACUUCUGCAUCUAGCUAUGUUUUGUCAUUCUGACUCCUGACAAAGGAAUGGACCUGGUCAGUUGUGCUUUCAUCUGCUCCAAAAUUCUCCUGACAUGACUUCAUGAAAAAGAGGCUCUUACAGGACAAGUAUUUCCUCAGUUCUUUCACAAUCUACUGUUUAAGAGUGUACAAGUUACGCUAUUUGUGUUUUGAUUUUUUUUUUUCCUGACUUGUAGCCAGCUUGUGUAAGAAUACUUGCAGAAUGGAGAAAAUUUAAAAAAAAGAACAGUACUCACACUAUCGAAUCUGUUAUAGAGUGUAUAAUUGUAUUAACACUGAAGCCUAACUGGCUACUUUUUUAACAUAUUGUUAAGUAAUAUUAAAAUCAUGUCUUUCUUUUUGAAAGAUGGAAUACAUUAGUAUGGCAGAAGACCUGUGUCUUGCUUUUUUCUAUGUGGGUGGGGUGAGGGAAGAAAUGUACUUGGAUAGAGUGGUAUUCUACACUGAAUCUAACGUUCUCUCAGGAUUGAUCAGUGAGUGCUACUUAAUUUUUAGCAUGUUUCUGUAGGAACUCUUGUUUUCCACCUCACAUGAUGGGAACAGCUUUCUGCUAGUGCAGCAAAGAUUCCUGCUGAAUGCUGGAGUUGUUUGUGAAUUCUGUGAAUUACUGUAAUGCUUCUGUUGAGAAACAAGGUAAUGCAAAUAUUUCCAAUGCAAUAUUAGUGUAGAAAUGAAGUAGGUAGGCUCAGUGUUACUGUUGUGUAAGUAUUUAACAAUUUAGUGGUGUUUUACAGGUUGCAUAGUGUCUUGGUCUUGUACUUAAAAACGUUUUUCUGAUACCCUACUAUUUAGAAUAGAGCUACGUUUCAUUUGGAUGACUGUAUUUACCCAAUUUAUAAGGGCAGUCUUCCAUUUUUAUUUUCUUUACAGAAAAUAAAACUUCCAUUCAAUGUAUAUUUGAAAGGACAGUGCAGUUUCAGAGCCCACUAGUUUCAUUCUCUAGAACCAUUCCCAUGCCGUUUUUUUCUUCUACUUGCUAACAUAUUUUGUGCUAUAGCUGCUGGGCUUGAGACUGCUUUGCAAGACACAGUACAACUACACUUGGCUCGAGACUUGAGAACGUUGAAUGAGUUGUUGCUUCCAUUUCCCCUUUAAGGCCAGUAUGUAGCAGGAGGGCUGCCUUGGCUACAAACCACUGAGACACCUACAAUUUCAUAUCCCUUUUCUGCUGGUCCUGGAGCUCCCAUCCUGGAUUGUGCUUCUCGUUCAGAAUAUAGUUGCUCAGUUUACAUUCAUCCAUUGUAGGUAAAUGAGAUUACAGCCUUCCUUAUGUAGAGGAGGGGAUGAUAAAAUACCCAUUAUCAAAUUACUGACCUGGGGCUUAAAGGGGAAAACUUUUUUGUUACUCUUCAGGUUCAAGAUGAGGAGGAAAGUAAUAGCAUAGCCUCAUUUUUUUUAAUGGAGUAUUGUAACAUAUAAUGGAGUAACAAUAUUUUUAUUUACCUGUGCUGAAGGAAGAGCAUCUCAAAACUAAAAGCUAGUAUCAAUGCCACUGAGCUUUCACUGUCUGCAAAUACUGUGUAUGUUCAAAAUAUCUGCAACAAUUGCUGGAGAAGAGUGAGCUUUGCUGUUUCUUGGGCCAUUGAGACUUGCAUCUGUUGCAGCCUGAAUUCAGUCUUGGUUACAUAACAGUUUAGAUGCUUUUAAUAUGGCACAGCAGCUGUGAAAAAUGCUAUUAGAACACCUAAAGCUGGGUGUGUUGGGAAUCCUUGCAGGCUUUCUCAGUUCUAAAGUAUAACACAAGGUGGCAGUGUAUGUCAUCACUUGUACCCUCUAUGUCUGCUCUAAAAUUGGGGCAUGGAGUGGAAAAAUGAGUUGAUGUCAUGUGACCAAACAGUGAUGUGGAUUCCAUUUUCUCUAGGUUAGGAAAGCUUUGAAGAAUACUGAGUUAUUUUUGAUGGGGUUAGAAAACUCCUUAUAGUUUCCGCUAAUAAAUUGGGGAAAAAGUAGUCUGUAUUCUUUGUUAACAAAGAUGUUAUGAAUGAUGCAUGACUAUGACAUGCUUUUCCUUAUUUUGAAAUCCUCAAUUAGGAGAACAGGCCUCCUUUGGAAAUCCUAGGGGAAUAUAUGUCUGCAUUAAUUAUCUUUUUCAAAUAUACUUGCCUGAAGCUUCAUUGUCUGUUAUUAGUAUAACUGAUGUGAUUGCAUGCAGUGCACAGAAAGCAUGAAGAACAAAUCUGAAUGGAUCUGUUGUUGCACCUUGAUGAAAACUUAAAGGCAAGUCUUGUUUUUCUCAAUUCUUAAUUAAGUGAAGAUAAGUGCAGAGCGGUCUGGGAGGCAUGAGAUUUAAAAGUAAUAAACUGAGUUCUAUGAGUUUUCUGGCCUUGGGCAAAUGAGUUAAUUACUGCCACUUUGCUCAUUAAAUGGUUUUAAUAAGGAUUUGCUGAAUUAUGAGCAUAUUUCUCUAGUGCCCAAGUAGUGAUGUGAAAUAUGUUGAAAUGCAACACUAAGGCGUCUUAUUGGACAAAAAUGCUUUUUGACUUCAGGUGUAUUAAAUCCAGAGACAGUACAUUCAGGUACUUCCAGUAGAACUUCCAGUAGAAGAGUCCUCUAAAUACAUUAUAAUGGAGUAAAUUUUUUGCUGUUGCUCUUUUCUGAGACAACUGUUGUUCAACGGAAGAUGUCUUCUCUAUUUUCUUUUCUGUUUUUCCAACUGAACAAAGAAAUAACACCAGACCUCUGGCAUCAUUUCUGUUCUUCACAUUUUUGUGUUCAGUUUCAGCUUUGCAGCUUUUAGCUGUAUUGUUGGGCCUCCUCCAGCUCAGUGCUUAGAGAUAUUGAAGAAAGUACCUGUCUUUGCCUUCUGAAUCCACAUAAGCUGAUGAAAAAUGCAUCAGGUAAAGCUUUGUUUUUCUAUAACUGUGCUGUCCAGAAGAAAUAUUAUUGUUCUGCUUACAAAGAUGGUAGUUACAAAUAGGAUUUUCAAGUGGCUAGUGUCCAAUUUCUGUCCUGUGGUUUAUAGAAAUUGUAAAAUGAAGAUUAAAGAAGGUGUGUAUUGAUCAUGUACUCUGAGUUUUCCACAGUUACUUUUUUGUAAAUCUUCUACCAGUCUGAAUGUAUUUUUUUUAUCAGGAAUACAUAAUAUUAUGUCACUAGCUAUUCUUUAUGCAGAGUCACCAAGAGUUGGUGUGAAAUCUGGGUCUGUAACCUAAAUGUUCAUUCCAGUACAUCUGUGUGACAGAAGUACAGCAAUCCACAAAUCUGCAGAGGUGCAACAUACCACAAGAGAGCAACUUGAUAGUUCUUCUCUAGAAAUCCUCAGAAAACUGACUUCUGAUAAGCAUCUGGUAAUCUUGAUUCAACACCUGCCUUUGUUUUCUUCACCCCUUUUCCUGAAAGCUAAACAGAGAACUCAAGCCAGCAUCUCUUUGAUAGGCCCUAAUAGCCAUAAAAUGAUCAUUUCAAAUAUGUUAAGGGUAAAGAACAUAUAGGAAGCUAACAUUUUUGCUGCAAAAAUACUUACAUUCAGCUUAUUAUAAAAGGAAGCAGUAGGUAGGUGUGGUACCUGUGGAGGAAAAAAGAGUGCAUAGUAUUACAUGGUAAAAUUAAUAAAAUACUGUUGUAAUUAACUUGCGAUUAUCUGCAGCUUACAUUAUGUCAACUAGCAUGCAUUCCACAUUAAGUAUGUCACAGCUUACGCAAGUCUGAUUUUUCUGAAGGAAAGAUGUCUAGACUUGCUUUCCAAUUUUGUUUUCCUUCAAGAAGACAGCUGACUCAAGUUAGUACAGCGGUUUGGGAUAGUAGUCUUGUGCAUGCGAGCAGCAUGAUGUUGUGUGAGGGUUUUUUCUUAUGUCUCAAGUACAGGAUUGAAAUCCAGAGCUCUGGAGAGUGGCAGGUUGGGAUGCUGAACUCAUCAGACCGGAUAACUGUAUUGCUGCCUGCUGUUGCUCCAACAGAUUGUGUGCUGCAAACCAUUCAUCUACAUCAAGUGAUUUUUUGUUAACUGGCAGUACCUAAACAGCAAAGCCCUCUUCUUCCAAGAAAACAAAAAAGUGGGGGGAAUCAAGUCACUCAGAAUCAUGUAUUUGGAUAUAUAAGCCUUAUCUCAUACACUCUGUAUUCAGGACAUUUUGCAGCUUUUUUGUCCAUUUGUUAAUUGACCAUUAACUGGAUUCUGCAGUGCAGCUAAGAGCAGUUAAGUUGAGGUUUUCUAAUUUUCUUUUUUUUUUUUUGGCCUUAUUUUCACAGGAUCAGGUUCACAAAAUGGCUGAGAGUAGUUUGGGCCUCUGGACCAACUCCUGCCUCCAGCAGAGCCAUCCAGGGCCCAGGCAUCUUUUGAAGCUUUUCCAGAAGGAGACCCCACAAAUUCUUUGGGUCCUUGUGCCAGAUCUCCACCUGCAUAAGAAAGAAGCAUUUCCUGAUGUUCAGAUAGAUCAGUGCUCCAGGUUAUUCCCUCUGCCUGUUGUCCUGGCACUGGGCACAAUUGAGAAGAAACUGGUUCUGUCGUCCCUUCAGGAAAAAAAUAGUUUUGAUUUUAAGAAGAAAAGAGCUUAAAAGAAAACAGGAAGCUGAUGUUGGCAAUCUGAUCUGUGCUGCAUGAGGAAUCUGAUUUCAAAAGCCUUCCCAAAUGCAGGCUUAAGGGAUGCAAACUGCCAUGACUUUUGCAGCAAUUGAGGAAUUCUGCCAUUGGCUCACACUGCUCUCUCUUCUGUAGGAAAGUGAAAACAUAAGACUUGGAGCUGCUAUUCUGUAAGAGGAAACUAUCAGUUUGACCAUGAGUAGCUGCCAGCAUGGAUUUGUCGAGAAUAAACCACUUCCUUGCUGUCA